AUGGACGGCAUGAGUAUGGCCACCACCACAACCGCCAUGUCGGCCACUGGCACCAUGACCGGUAUGGCUGCUGCCACUAGCACCAAGGCUGCCAUGUCAAUGGGUGGCGGUUCCUGCAAGAUUUCUAUGCUCUGGAACUGGACAGUGAUUGACAGUUGCUUUAUCGCACGAUCCUGGCGCAUCACUUCCCAUGGAAUGUUUGCCGGCUCUUGCAUCGGCGUUCUUCUUCUCACGAUGUCCCUCGAGAUGCUCCGCCGCGCCGUCAAGGAGUACGACAGAUACCUGAUUCGCAACCACCAGGCCCGCUAUGCUGGCUCCGGUGCCGGUCCCAGUUCAGAGAGUGCCGGUGACAACGGAAAGGGACCGUCAACCUCCGUCACCGCAGCUGGUAACGCUAGUAUCCCUCCCUUCCGACCGAACGCCCUCCAGCAGGCCAUCAGGGCGCUGCUUCACAUGGUUCAGUUCGCCGUUGCCUACUUCAUCAUGCUCCUCGCCAUGUACUACAACGGUUACAUAAUCAUCUGCAUCUUCCUCGGCUCCUACAUCGGCUCUUUCAUAUUCCAGUGGGAGACGCUCUACGACGGACCAACCUCUGCCGCCAAGGAGGCUACGGUUUGCUGUGGCUGA